UGAUGAUUAAUAGUACCAAUCUUAAUAUUAUGUUAUCUGUAUAAAUCUGUAGAGCGGAAGGUUUGUGAUUCCUAAACGUAACACCCGACUGAUGCGCAGAAAAAGAUAACUGUCAAUCAGUUGUGUCAUGUCAAGUGUGAGCAGGCGGCUGCGAGGUUAUCUUUGAAAAGCGUGUUGAGUUUGGUGGAACGUUAAAUUGUAGGAAAAGUGAUUGUCAACCAUCCAAGAUAUUAUCUCCUUGCCCGUUAACCCACGCCUAUGGAGAUUCCACCCCUAGAGUUCCUUCUGAUAGAGACCCAGUGCCUUUAAAUUAAUAUCAAAAGCUCACACUAGCUUUUUUUAUCUUAUCCAUGACCACAGUUGUCCAUAACUUGUUUUGGCUCGACAUCGUCCAAAGCUGUAAAAAGCAUAAACCAAAAAAAAAGUGAACUUAUUGUCAAAUUGACAGUUUGUCAAUUGAGAUUGACGGUCAGCUGCUGAAUGUUUACAAGUAUAAUUUCGUUGAUUUUGAUUUGAUUUAUAUGUACUUUCAUUUAAAUUGCUGACCAAUAAUUAUGUUAAUAGUCUAAACGUAAUAGUUGGUCUGAAUGUAAAAGCGUUUUGGUGUACCAAAAUGACUCUAAACUACGUCCCUCGUGUCACACAGCUAGAUGCUGGUCAAUUAGACAAACAAGUAGAAGAAUUGUUGAGGCAGUCAUUAUUUCAAGCUGUUAAGUAUUUUGAGCCUGGUAUUCUUCAACCAGUACUACCAGAGAUAGAUCUUCUAAUACGAACAUGGAUUUUCAAAUAUUCAGUGUACAACACAAAAUCAACUUAUGGUCAGAAAAUGUUGUCUCUUGAAUAUAAGAAGGAUAACUUUUCCCAAAACAAACUUUAUUGGUAUUACGGGUAUACAGUGGGUCUAAGAUAUCUGAAAGAUAGAUGUUUGUACAGUUUGACCUCAAAUACUGGUGUGCAAAAUAUGCUUCACAAGCUAGAAACAUUCCAAUUGAUAGGUGAUAUUAUCAACUUUUUGAGGUUCAUCCAAAGUGGGAAGAACCCUUUACUGAUAGACUUUAUACUGGGACUGGAGUUGACAGCUGAUAAAUUGACUAGAGAGGAUCUUACUGAUUUUUCUUGGACCCGAGAACUGCUAUGGCAUAAUUUUAUUGAACUAAUAGGGACUGCCAUAUCAUUGAUGAAUAUAUUUGGUUUGAAAAAGAAGCUUUCUUAUGUGUUAAAGUAUGCAUGGUGGAGGAACCACAAGAGUGCCGCAGGCUCUUUAAAGCCGGCAGUAAUGACGUUAAACUCUACAUGCCCCUGCUGCAUGAGUAAACCAGUGCUGCCACACACAAUGGGCUGUUCACACAUUUUCUGUUACUAUUGUUUGACGGCCAACAAAACUGCUGACCAAGACUUUACCUGCCCAGAAUGUUAUUAUAAUGGAAAAGAAAUAAACAGACUAGUUAUGGAUUAGUAAAGUAAAUAAUGCCAAAUGAAACACUUUUAAGUUGGGUUAACAGGGUGCUGUGAUAUAUUAAUUAAGUUUACCAGUUGGAAGUGGAAUUUAAUUUUACAGAUUUCAUAAUUUAAUUUGUUAUACUUAAUUUAUGGUUGUUAAUCUUUAUACUAUAAAUAGAUUUUGUGAAGGGAA